AUGAAGAGCGGGAUAUCAAGCUCAUCCGAGAGCGGCGAAGGGGUUUUCAAAGCUCUUUGCCAGUGCCUGGCGGAUUACCUCCACGUGACAGUAGGGCAUACCGUAGGAGGCCCCAUUCCUACGUUCACCGGGAACGAAUUGACCGUGACAGCUGUCAAGAACACCGAGCAGAACCUUGGGUAUGCCCUCGGCUUAGUUGUGGACGGAGGCUCCUAUAAAACAGCGUUGCUCAAGGAGAUUGAGGCACGAAAUAAGACUCUGCCGUUGCCUGCUGGCCUUUACACGGCAUCUCGCCUUUUGCUGUUUAUGUACGUCAACGAAGAGGCCGACGCGGUAACUAAGGCGAGUGAACAGGCUUGGCAAAGCAGCUCUCUCUCGGCAAUCGCCAUAAAUUUGGACUGGCUCGAGCGCUUGGGUCAAAGCGCUGCUAUCGAGCACACGAGGUUGAAUCCGGUGCAUUUUGCGAAUUUGGUUUCCACGCGGCACCUGCAUUAUGAGGUGGACGUCGCUUCGUUGAUCGCUGCUGGGGCCGCGGUUAAGUAUCAGUUCCACACGCCCGCACAGCUGACCUUUCCUCUUUCGGACCAGUUUAAGGUGGUGAUGGAUUACAAGAUGUUCGACGAGUCCUUUGAGAGCGUAGUCAAUGUCAAGGAGUGGAUUCAAAACGACGAAGGUCCGGACAGCUACGUGGCUCCGCGGUUCUUCAAGUUACCGGCGCGUCCUGGCACGGUGAUCGGGUUGCCUCGAGGAGAUUCGGAGAUCGUUGAAGCUUCUGCGUUUUGGGAGCGAGACACGGUGGCCAGUUCAGGAGAUUAUUCCUGGCCGGAGCUGAACAAAGCGGUGGACAGCGUCAAGCCUUUCCAAACGACCGCACAAAUCGCUGAUGAAGAGCCAGUGUCUGCGCUCUCUGGUAUGGUUCCCACACCGGCGGUCGAGAAAUCUCACAAGCAGACGCAGCUUGAUCGGACAGAGGAGGUACUUUCUGAAUUGCUACCGCAAGCGCAGCAGGUGCCACCUGAGGAGGAGGAUGACAGGAGCGUAUCCGGCUCUGCGCAAGAUUUGGCAGAGUGUAUAGAGCUGCAAGACCCACGACGCUUCUCGGGUGACUUGUUUAAAGGAUCUGGGUCUGACUGUGACGAUGGCUCCAGUGCCUCCUCGUAUGGAGGGUUGUUUGCAUCAGAGUCGUCUCAGAGCGGGUCGAGCAUUUUCGGGGGCUGUCCGGACGAUUCGUUGGCAGCUGCAGUGAUGGAGGAGACGGUCCGUGCGUGGGAUUAUACGUAUGGCGUAUCCAUGGACCGACUGGCGCAUAUAAGAAAAGCGAAGAUCCUUGGUCGGGGGUUGACUAAUUGGCGGACAACGCGUACGAAGGAUUUGGGGAUGCUGACGACUACCCCGGAGGAGGCGUCACGCCCAGCGACGAUGUUUGGAGUGUUGACACAUAUGGCUAUGAAGGUGGCGAGUUACCGCGCUAGCUAUUCUGAUUUUUCAUUCUGGUCAGCAGUGGAGAUUGCGUGCUCCCUGAUGGUGAACAUCAUUUUUGGUUUCCUCGGGUGA